AGGAAAUAAAAGCAACAACAUAUAUUUGUCAUUUGUGCUGAAGAAGAGAUGAAUGCUCUACAGUGGCUCUUGUUUUUCAUAUGCAUUUGCUUUAAAGUUAAUCAAACAAAAGCAUCAUCUUGGACUGUUGAAGUGCCGUCCUCAGUUAAAGGUCUCCUCAGCUCAUGUGUGGUGUCCCUGCCCUACAACUAUCCACAUGCCACAGUCAAUAGAUUCACGGGGAUUUGGACCAAUGAUGGAAAUAACGUCAUCUUUCAUCCAACUGAAUCUAAAAUUCUGGAGCAGUAUAGGAGACGAACACAACUUCUUGGAGACGUCACAGAGAAGAACUGUUCUCUGAUGAUUGAAAAUCUUCAACAAAGUGAUGGAGGGCCUUUUCACUUUAGGAUUGAACUUGGAGGCUACAACAGUUUUUCCUAUUCAAAUAACAAAGUCUCUAUUUCAGUGAUUGGUGACCCAAGUCCCACUGAUUUCUCUAUGCCAGAGGAGGUAAAGGAGGGUCAAACUGUGUCUGCAUCCUGCUCUGUGUCUCACUCCUGCCCCAAAUAUCCACCUUCUUUCCACUGGAGUCACUCUGGAGAGCAGCGUUUUCAAGCACAGCAGCUUCAAAAUGGCCAGUGGAUGGCAACAUCUACUUUGACCUUUCAUUCAAACCGCACUGAUCACAACAAACCUUUAAAAUGCAGAGUAACAUACCAUGGGGGAAAGAACCAGGAAACAUCCAAGACGCUUAAAGUAAAAUAUGCUCCAGUGAAUGUGAAGGUUGAAUACCAGUCAGACGUAAAUGAAGGCGAAACUGUAAACCUGAAGUGCUCCAGUGAUGCUAACCCUGUCAGCAGCUAUGAGUGGCACAGUGAAACUGGUGCUCUGCUGUAUAAAGGACAAACCUACACAAUGUUAAAUGUCUCCAGACACUCAGUAGAGGCCCUGUACUGCACUGCUAUCAACAAGGAAGGACGAGCCAGAUCAAACCCCGUGCAGCUCAGUGUGUUAUAUGCCCCUGACAUUAAGACUUCCUCUAAGUGCUCUUCAUAUGACGGCAUUAUAAAGUGUGAGUGCAUCGUAGAGUCUAAGCCUCCCAGCAUGGUUCACUUUGUUCUUGCUGACAGAGUCCUGCAAAGCACCAAAGUAGAAAAAAAUAGCUCAGUUACUACUGGGACUCUGCAGACAGACUUUGGAUCCUUCAAGCUCAUUCACUGCCUGGCAAACAACAUGCUGGGAAAUGCUAACCUCACACUCUCUUUACCUGUUACUGACAACAUGCACAUUAUUUUUAUCGCCUCUGGAGCAGGUGUGAUUUUGCUGAUUAUUUUGACAGCCACCGUAGUGGGAGUUGUUAAAAUAUGCAGGCGGCGAUCAGGAGAGAAUCCAACAUCUGACCUGAUUAUUCUGAAGACUGACAGACCUGUGGAGAUCCCUCAUUAUGCCCCCACACAAAGGAAAGAGAACUAUGAGGACGUGUACUGCAAUGCAGUUUACAGCAACGAUAAUGUCUAUUGCAACACUGACUGGGAUGAGUCAAUAUAUGCCAAUGUGUAA